UAUGGAAGGGACAAAAAAAUAUCUUUUUUUUUUAAGAAUAAAAAAAUAAAAAAUAAAAUCUAAUAUUGAAAAUGUAUCAUAUGUAUAUUAUUUUAGCCACGUCACUACUACCUUCAAUGUGAUAUUAAAUUAAAUCUUGGUGGGAGGAAACGUGACGUUUGACAUUUUAUACACCAGCACUCAUUCCCUACCAAUCUCCAUCUUCUCCACCAAUCUCCGCCGAUCAUGGGUGGCACCACCACUUCCCCCACGGCCUCCGACGACUCCGAAUCACCCUCCCUUCUCCUCCUCCCAAAACACAACACCAAAACCCCCCAAGACUCAUACCAUUUAGCCUACAUCAUCUACUUCAUCCUCGGCACCGGCUACUUAAUCCCAUGGAACGCAUUCAUCACAGCCGUUGACUACUUCUCCUACCUCUAUCCCGAUGCCUCCGUUGACCGCGUCUUCGCCGUCGUUUACAUGAUCGUAGGCCUCAUAUGCCUCCUCUUCAUCGUCUUCUUGUCCCACAAGUCAAAUGCAUUCGUCAGGAUCAACGUUGGUCUUGGUUUGUUUGUUGUGUCGUUGCUUGUUGUCCCCGUUAUGGAUGUAACUUAUAUCAAGGGCCAGGUCGGAGUUUACGGUGGGUUUUAUGUGUCUGUUGCUGCUGUUGCGUUGUCCGGUAUUGCCGAUGCGUUGGUUCAGGGUGGGGUUAUUGGUGCCGCCGGUGAAAUGCCGGAGAGAUAUAUGCAGGCUGUUGUUGCCGGAACUGCUGCUUCAGGAGUUCUCAUAUCAAUGCUAAGAAUCUUUACCAAAGCUGUAUACUCACAAGACGAAGCCGGGCUAAGAAAAAGCGCGAAUCUUUACUUCAUAGUCAGCAUAGUAGUGAUGAUCAUAUGCAUCGUCUUACAUAACGUAGCUCACAGACUUCCCGUUAUCAAACAUUACAACAAUUUAAAGAUCCAAGCUGUGAACGACGAAAAAGAAGAAAAGGGUGUUCUUUCGGAUGCCCUGUGGCAGUCUACAUUAUGGGACGUUGUUGGGACGGUCAAAUGGUACAGUCUUGGUAUAGUUAUGUUAUACGUCGUGACGUUAGCCAUUUUUCCAGGUUAUAUUACGGAAGACGUUCAUUCUGAAAUCCUCGCAGACUGGUAUCCAAUCAUCCUUAUAACAAGUUACAAUGUGUUUGACUUGGUUGGAAAAACUUUGACCUCAGUCUAUGUUGUUGAGAAUUCUAAGGUGGCCAUAGGUGCAUCGUUUGCUCGACUAUUGUUUUUCCCGGUUUACUUGGCUUGUUUACAUGGGCCUAUGUUUCUUCGAACCGAGAUCCCUGUGACCAUUGUGACUUGUCUUCUGGGACUCACAAAUGGCUACUUGACUAGCUGUUUGAUGAUGGUGGCUCCUAAGACCGUGCCACUUCAGCACUCGGAGACGGCUGGGAUUGUGCUUGUGUUGUUCUUGGUUGUGGGUUUGGCGUCUGGUUCGGUUGUUAGUUGGUUUUGGGUCAUUUGAUUGUUGUUGUAAACUGUGUAUUUGGAUAGCAAAAUGUAGAUAUUGUUUCUUUCUCAUUCUGGGAAGUAAUGUAUUUGAUAUAAUCGCUUUAAUUCAUGUUUUAAGUUUUAUUCUUGUGACUUCAAUCAUACUAGACUUGUGUAUGGGUUUGCAGUCAA